CUCUUUCUCCUCCUCUCUAUCUAUCUGAACAGUAGUUGUAUUUCCCUCACUCUCUCCUUUUCUCUUUAUCCAGGUCUCACCUCUUCUUUUAUAUCAAGCGGUCUAUGAUCAGCCAUGACCACGAGACUCCUGAGGAGGGCCCUGUGCCUACUGGUCCUACUCUGCACCGUGUCACCGUUCAGCUCCGCCACCAACCACCCAGCUCCGUCAGCCCCAGAGCAGGGAGUCACCUUCAGCAACGUCUAUAAAAUCGACAUCCAGGGGAGCCCUAGUUGUAAACUUGAGCUCCUGCCAACCCAGGACCAAACAGGUCUGCAGCCAGAGACCACUACGAAUGGAGAGAACGACAUCAUCUUCAGACACAACAUCAGGCUGCAGAUACCAAAGUGUGACUGCGAGGAGUCUGAAAGCUUCAAGUCACUGAUGUACAGAGUCAACGGGCUGGAGGAAGAAGUCAACUACCUAAAGACCCAAUGUACUCAGGGAUGUUGUGGAAGCGGUGGGGCUGCAGGUGUGGACACAAGCUGUAGUGGCCAUGGUACCUACCAACCCGACACCUGCAGCUGCCUGUGUAACCCGGGAUGGGAAGGCCCAGAUUGUUCUGUCUCGUCCUGCCCUGAUGAGUGCAACGACAACGGCCGAUGUGUGAAUGGGAAGUGUGUGUGCCAACAGGGCUUCAUGGGAGAGGACUGCAGCCAGCUGAUGUGUCCAGACAACUGCAACGACAAGGGACAAUGUGUGGAUGGAAAAUGUGUUUGUUUCCCGCACUUCACCGGCGAGGAUUGCAGUGUCCAGAAGUGUCCCAAUGACUGCAUUGGUAACGGCCAGUGUGUGGAUGGCCAGUGCAUCUGUGAAGAGGGCUUUUAUGGCGAAGACUGUUCAUUAGUCCACAGUCCUCAGGGUCUACGCUUGGUCCAGGUGACCGACGUCUCCCUCCUGGUUAAGUGGGAAUCAGUUCGUAGGGCCGAGUAUUAUAUUCUGACAUACCAUCCCAAAAAUGAUGAGAGUACCCAGGAGCAUGUUCGGGUUUCCAACACAGAGAACUCCUACCUCAUCACAGGACUGACUCCUGGAGUCACUUACAUUCUCCAGGUGUAUGCCGUCAUCAAAGAGAUCCAAAGUGAAGCAGACAAGAUCGAAGCUACCACAGAUGUCUCCGCUAUUGAUGGUAUCAGAGUACUCGGCCAGACAGAAGUCUCUAUCCAGGUGGACUGGAAGAACCCGUCGGCUGAAGUGGAUCACUUCAGGCUCAUACACACUCACCCUUCAGGACAGGAGGGGGAGCAGAACGUACAGAGGAACCAAGAGGCGCGCACCAAACACACUAUUGUUGGUCUUUUUCCAGGAACAGAGUACCAGAUCUCAGUGCAGGCCAUCAAAGGAACUACUGAGGGAAAACCUUCCUCUGUCACCGGUGCCACAGACAUGGAUGCUCCUACCAACCUGAUCACCACUAAAGUAACAGAGGACACUGCAACAAUUUCAUGGGAUCAUGUCCAGGGAGAAAUAGAUGGCUACAUGUUGAGCUACACCUCUGCUGAGGGCUCCAGCACCGAGAUCCCCGUAGGACGUGACAGCACCUCGUACAGGCUGGUUGGCUUGAAGCCUGGAGUUCUCCACACCAUAUACAUCUGGACCUUCAAGGGCAACAAAGUCAGCACGAAGAGUUCAACAGCAGCUGAAACAGAGGUGGACGCUCCUACUAACGUCUUGGCCCAAGAUGAAACAGAGUCCAGCUUCAGGGUGUCCUGGGAUCACACCCAGGCAGAAAUUGAUGGCUACAUCCUAACCUACAGCUCUUCUGAGGGCUCAAGUGAGGAAAUCCCAGUCGGGUCUGACAGUACUUCAUACAUGCUGACUGGCCUGAGGCCUGGUGGCCUCUACACCGUCUACAUUUGGGCCAUCAAGGGGAGCAAAGCCAGCAGGAAGAUCUCAACACAAGCUAAGACAGAACUGGACGCUCCCGCUAACCUCUCAGCCCGAGAUGAAACAGAGUCCAGCUUCAGCGUGUCAUGGGAUCCAGUCCAGGCUGAAAUAGAUGGCUACAUCCUAACCUACAGCUCCUCUGAGGGCUCCAGUGGGGAGAUCUCAGUGGGGCCUGACAGCUCCUCUUACAGGCUGACUAGUUUGAGACCUGGGGUCUUCUACACUGUCUACAUCUGGGCCAUUAAAGGAAACAAAGCCAGCCAGAAGAUCUCAACACAAGCUCACACAGAACUGGAUGCUCCUGCUAACCUCUUAGCCCGAGAUGAAACAGAGUCCAGCUUCAGCGUGUCAUGGGAUCGAGUCCAGGCAGAAAUUGAUGGCUACGUCCUCACCUACACCUCCUCUGAGGGCUCUAGUGGGGAGAUCCCAGCCGGGUCUAACAGCUCCUCCUACAGGCUGACUGGCCUGAGGCCUGGUGUCCUCUACACUGUCUACAUCUGGGCCAUCAAGGGAAGCAAAGCCAGCAGGCAGAUCUCAACACAAGCUCAGACAGACAUUGAUGCCCCGAAGGAGCUGAAGGCGACAGAUGUGACGCUGGAGUCUGCUCUUUUGACCUGGCUUCCUCCUCUUGCUGACAUUGAGGGGUACAUGCUCACCUACAGAGAUGAGGAUGGCAACAUGGAGAUGGUUGAAAUACAGCUUGGCGCCCGCGAGAGCAAUUUUGCUGUAUCCAGUUUGGAGAUGGGGAAGAGAUACAUCGUCACCAUCAUUGCCUACAGAGGAAACAAGAGGAGCAAGGUGGUGGAGACCAUCUUCAGAACAGUUGGUAUCCUGUACCCCUUCCCCAUGGACUGCAUUCAGAUCAUGAAGGAUGGCAACAAGAAGAGUGGUGUCUACACCGUCUAUAUUAACAACGACCGCUCCAAACCAAUUGAGGCUUACUGUGACAUGGAGACUGAUGGAGGCGGCUGGCUGGUGCUCCAACGACGUACCUCUGGCAAACUUGACUUUAUGAAGCGCUGGAGACAGUACAUAGCCGGGUUUGGCAACAUGACAGAGGAGUUCUGGAUUGGUCUGGAUAAGAUAUAUGAGCUCACCAACACUCCUACUCAGUAUGAGCUGAGGUUUGACCUGGGCCUGGGUGCUGAGAGAGCCUAUGCUGUGUACGACAGCUUUAAGAUUGCACCGGUCAAGCAGAAAUUCAAACUCACUAUCGGCAAAUACAGUGGAACAGCAGGUGAUGCUAUGACCUACCACCAAGGCCGGCCCUGGACUACUGUUGAUAAUGACAAUGACAUCGCCCUGGGUAACUGUGCCCUGACCCACCGUGGCGCCUGGUGGUACAAAAAUUGUCAUCUUGCCAACGUCAACGGAAAGUGGGGAGACAACAGGCACAGUUUGGGACUGAACUGGGAGCCGUGGAAGGGCCACCUGGUGUCCCUCGACUUCACCGAGAUGAAGAUCCGACCCGUGGGAGCCUUGUCCAGCAGGAAGAGGCGAUCGUUGAUGGCCAGAGAGAAGAGCAGAGCCAUACACCUCCAAAAGAAAUAAUAGAGCACCUCCCACUUCAACUGCAACAGUCGUCACCAGUCCCAAUAACCUGCAUCACGCUAGAUUUGGGUGUUUCUGUACAUACCUAUGUCCCCACUGGUCUACAUGCCUCUAUGUGUCUCAACUCUUGGACAAUAUGUCCACUUGUUUGGGCGAGGAGAGAAAUGCCAAUAUGCAAUAGUAACUUAUUAUCUGUUUGUAAACAAUGGGAUUAAUCAGAAACUCCUGGUGGUUGUGGGAGGGCGACGAAUAGAAAAAUGCCUUUGAGUUGUUUUGAAGUGAACUGAAGUUAAUUAUUAACAUUUAGUCUUAUCAGUUAUGAUGCAAUAGUUAUUCUUAAAAACUCCUGUUUCACUGAUUCUGGUAGUAACCUUCAUUAUAAAUCAGGAAACAGUAGAUUUAGUUAAAUUCGGAUGCAAGAAAUCCCAUUUUUCUUCAAUUACUGCAUUCAUUUGAACUUUUACAAAGGUUUUUGUAUUAUAUUUGUUUAUUUUUUGUUGUAUGAAGAAUUUCAGUAGCAACUUUUCUUGUGUAUAGUAGUAUUGUCAUAACAACAUAAAUGUAAAAAAAAGCGUUUUGUUUUAAGGCCAAGUGUGAACGAUCGGCGAGUUAUUGCCCUGAGUUUAUUGAGUAUGAAGUUGGCUGGCUGUGUCACAUUUAGUUGUCGCUGCCGCAAACACUGUCACAUCACAUUAGCGUGUGUGGGACGAGCCAAAGAACAACAAUGGACGGCUGUCUUGAAUGCCCAUAUUGCUCCUGCUUUACAUUCAUAGGAUACCGACAGCGCAUAUCAAUCAAUGUGAUGUGCCUGCAUCAAACGUCAAUAAGGAUGACGUGUGUUUGCCCCAUCCUCAGGGACUUAAUGAACAAACCCUUGUUUUCAAUCUGGAAAGUUGACAAAGGUUAUUAAUACUGCUUUGACUUUGACUUUAUUUCAUUAUUACAAUUUUUACGCAUUUAUUACAAGGAUUUCUGUUGACCUGCCAGGAUUGAUCUAAAAUCCCUGAUCCGCAUACAUUUUACUGAAGUGUCUUUUGAAACCUUCAUGGCCCAUAAGUUUGUAUUCCAGCCAAUCCUCAAUCAGGAUUUUCAAGGUCAGAAAUGAGGAAUUAAAAAAUCUGUAUAUGAAUCUAUUUGUUUUACUAAUUGCAUUGUCAGAGUUACAUUAUAGCUGCCCAUUCAUAUUUGUACCACACAUAAGUAAAUGAAUAAAGGUCUUGUUACAUUGAGAUAUUGUAAUGUUCUAUAGUCUUAAGGGAUACAGAUUGAACAAAUAGGUUAAUAAACAAGAAGCCUAUCUUUUUGCAGAGGUUAAACAUUUACU